AUGUGUGGGAUUUUGGCAAUUUUAAAUGUAAAAGGAACAGAAGUUUAAGUAAGAGCAAAAGCUUAUGAGCUAUCAAGAAGAAUAAGACAUAGAGGUCCGGAUAGAUCAAAGAUAAUUGAAAUCAGCCCUGGGCUGUAUCAUGUGAUUUCCCACGAAAGGUUGGGAUUAGUAGAUCUAAGUGAUAAAGGGAGACAGCCUUUUAGGAUGGUGGAUGAUGAGAAUAUAAUCUUUAUGCAGAAUGGGGAGCUAUACGAUUACUGGGAUGUAAGACCUGAGUUGGAGAAGAAAUAUCGAUUUAGCAGUAAUUCUGACACUGAGAUAGUAGGAAUGUUAUACAAAGAGUACGGUGCAGGAAACUUUUGGAAUCACUUGAAUGGAAUGUUUGCAACUGUUCUAAUUGAUAUGAGUAAGAAAUCAUUUUAAGCGGGGAGAGAUCAUAUUGGGAUAGUUCCAUUAUAUUACGGAUUUAAUGAAGAUGGAUCUCUAUUUUUAUCCUCUGAGUUGAAAGGAAUCCAUGAUUAGGUGAUAGAAGUCAAAUAGUUCCCUCCAGGUUAUAUAUAUAUAUAUAAUAUUUAGACAUAUGAGAUUAAGAGAUGGUAUAAUCCAAUUUGGAAUAACUUUGAUCAUAUACCAACAGGAGAGAUCGAUUUUUAAGUGUUGAGAGAUAAGUUUGUGGAAGUGGUUCGAAGAGAAAUUCAAGGCGAUGCUCCAUUUGGAUUGUUUAUUUCUGGAGGUGUUGAUUCUUCAAUAGUGGCUGGAAUUGUGGCUAAAUUAAUAAAGAGAGGGGAAAUAGAUUUGAGUAAGAGAGGAAUGAGGAAAGUUCAUUCAUUUUGCAUUGGAUUGGAAGGAUCUCCAGAUUUGCAUUAUGCUAAGAAGGUGGCAGAGUUCCAUGGAUUUGAACAUCACUCAUUCACCUACACAGUAGAUGAAGGAUUGGAUUACAUCCCUGAAGUUAUAUAUCAUACAGAGACUUUCAAUAAUACAACCAUUAGAGCAUCAACACCUAUGUAUAUGAUGUGUAGAAGAAUCAAAGCUUUGGGAAUCAAAAUAUGUUUAACAGGCGAAGGAAGUGAUGAGUUAUUUGGUGGAUAUUUGUAUUUCCACAAAGCACCCAACAGAGUAGAAUUUCAUUAAGAAUUAAUCAGAAAACUUCAUGAUUUACACAAAUAUGAUCUUCUCAGAGCCAACAAAGCUUGUUUGGCAUGGGGUAUUGAAACUAGGCCUCCAUUUAUGAACAAAUAAUGGAUAGAGUAUGUUAUGCAAAUUGAUCCUAAAUAUAAGAUGAUUAAUGCCUUCGAACCUCAAAUGGAAAAAUACAUUCUUAGAAAGGCAUUUGAGGAUUUAGAACACCCAUUUGUGCCAUAGGAAAUAUUAUGGAGAUAAAAGGAAUAGUUUAGUGACGGAGUUGGUUAUAGUUGGAGAGAUGGUAUUAUGAAACGAGCCAAUUAUUUAAUUUCGGAUUCAGAAUUCUCUUAAGCAUCUAUCAAGUAUCCAAUAUCAACUCCCAGAAACAAAGAGUAAUAUUGGUUUAGAUAGAUUUAUUCAUCCUAUUUCCCUAGUGAAAGUGCUGUUUUAACUGUUCCAUUUGCCCGAUCCAUUGCUUGUUCAACCGAAAAAGCUUUAGAAUGGGAUGAAGCAUUCAAAAAGAAUACAGAUGAAUCAGGAAGAGCAGUAUUAGCAGUUCACAAUGAUGCAAUCAAGGAAAUCACCUAAUUAGAUGAUGACCGUUCAACUGAGGAUAUUUCCAAAGUACAGGAGCAUUUCUAAUUAUGACAUCCAUUUAUGUAAUCAAAUUAUAAAUUAUUAUUCUA